AUGGAUAAAUCACUAUCUUAUCAUCAGUAUUAUCAAAUCGUUCCGCCAACGGUACACGCAACAAAGUAUCGAAGUAAAAGUUCGGAAUCUUUACCCAGUCAUCAUCUUCAACCGACAAUUCUAUUCGAACAACAUCAGCAACAUCUGAAUAGAAAAGCCAAAGUCAAAAAAUCCAACACUGCAUUGAUUGAUUUUCAAGUGAAGCCAUCGGCGAACACAUCGUCUGUGCUACGUCGUCGAUUUAGUCUGUUUCGGGCAAAACGUUGCCAUCAGUCCGACGAACAAGCUGAUAUUCAAACCCUUCAACAGACAAUCGAUCAAUUAAAACAGGAUUUGUUGAUAAAAACAAAUGAACUUGAAGGAAUGAAAGAAUUAAUCGAGAAUAAACGAAAUACAAUGCGACACACGCCAGGUGAUUCAAUUGAACAAGCGAUGCGUCUGCAGUUGAUCCUACAUGCUCGACUUGAAGAGAUGCUUCGAGAAAACGAACUUUUGAAAAAAACCAUUUGCGAUCUUGAAACAUUUGCACAACAACAAAAAAGUAAGAUUUGA